AGAUAUCGCUUCUGUUUUAUUUGGCCGCUCUGCUGGAUCAUAUCAGAUGGAUCUCGACAUCUGGGCGUCUCGGAGAGGCUGAAACGGAGGCGCUUCAGACAGAGGGUCGCGUAUGACGGCAGCUGCAUGUCCUAAUAGCACCAUCUGAUAGUCCGGAAUAUCUGGUAAUCUGGGACGGCCUCGAACCAGGAUGCGUCACUGAGAGACCGUUCAGCAAGUUCCUGAUUUGUGCCGCCAUGAAGACCUUCACAUCGCUGACGCUGUUGCUGACUUUCCUGACCAUGGUUGUCGAGGGAAAUGGUCAGCAGUUAAAAAGAUCAGAGAUGGCAAAGAGUAGAGGACGCCUGACCCAGCCGGUGCUCAUGAUCCAGCGAGGGAGGAAGAAGAGCAUCUGGUCCUACAAACCCGGGCACCGAUCCCUGGCCUUCCUGGUUGCUGGGGAGGUGGACGUGGUUUCUCCACCACCGGUGACACCUGGGACAGGGGACUAUCGCUGCCUCGGCUGCUGUGGAGACAAAGAGAUGAUCCUGGGUAAAUCUACCGCCGCUCCAAAAAUCUCCAACAGAGUCAGCAGGGUCCUGGCGCCGCCCGCAGGGCCCAGGAACCCGGGGACCGAACCAAACUCCAUCAGUGACCGGUGCCUCGGCUGCUGCGAGGAAAGUGUCACCCCCAGCCUGAGAGUGACCGCUGUGACCGAGGUGAGCAGCAUCGACAGAAGGACUGGAUCUCUGCUUGAUAGAAAAACCACAACCGGGUCACAGAGCGGCGCGACAGCGGGCGAGCAGAGGGCGGCACAGAGACCGCAGCACCUGCCCUGUACCUCACCCAGGUGCAACCCCGACUGGAGGUACGAGUCGUCCAGCUCAAGUGAAGAGGUGCCGGUGUUCAGGCGUCAGGGACCACGCAGCAGAUUGCAGCCCCUUCGGCUCCGGACGGGAAGCCGCUGCCGCCAUCUUGGCUGUAGAUCGGCUCUGGGGUCCGCUGAGGACAGUUCCAGCUCCAGCGAGGAGGACUGAGCCGCGGACACCUGGAUGAAGAGGGGGGCCCGGCCGAUCGGAGGGGCCCCGGACACCAUGGGGGCCGAAUAUCUUAUUUAAAUGAUACAAUUAGUGAUAGAAAUGAGUGAGUCUGUAUAAUUGUAAUGAAAGAAACCUGUAGAUUGUAAGCUCUGGGGCUCAGCCCCCCCUUACCCCUCUCACUGUCACCUUUAUAUAAUAUUAUUCGCGUCAUAAGCAAAUUAUGACUCUUGUCACCUGGAAGCCAUCAGUAAGCGGGCGAGCUGCUGCUGACAGACCCCAUUAUAGCUGGAUUUGCAUUCAAAUUGACUCAAAAGGGGCUAGGAAACGUCUGCAGACGAGGAGACCGGAGGACGGACGAGAGGCGGAGCCUCGCUGACAAUGAGGACGGCGGGGUUAUCGGAUGUGACCCGUUAUAAUCACCUGCCUGAUGUAUAAUAAUAAACUAUAUUAUGAAGUGU